AAGCGAGCAGAAUCCAGUGAGUCAACGCGCUUCAGCGUUCACUCACACUUCACACACACACACACGCACGCACGCACGCACACACACGCACACAGAGACGCGUACAGAGAGACUCACACACACACACAGACGCGUAGAAAGAGACACACACACACCACGCUGGAGAAAGGAAAAAAAGAUAGAGCUCGUUCAUCUCCGGAGUCACGCAGCUGGAGCUACAGCCAGCAGCCGCUUCUUUCCAGCUCGGGGACACUUUGGACUUCAUGAAUGUGAGACACGGACAGACAGAAGUGUAUUAAUGGAGUACGCUGGCUUUUCCGUACUAUGUUGGCUCGCGGUCUUCAUGUGUACGCUCGCGCUCGAGAGGAACGCAGUCGAAGGGGUGGUCCCUGGUAGAGUUAAGAUAAACAGCCUGUGUAAAUUCUGUGAUGUGCAACCAUCCACCUGUACUGGCACUGGUACAUGCAAAAUCAACUGCAGCAUUACCUCAAUUUGUGAACACACCGAUGAAGUCUGUGUGGCAAUCUGGAGAAAGAACGAUGAGAACAACACAAUCGAGACAGUGUGUCACGCUCCAACACAACCUCUGUAUGGCGUGUUUCUGAAGGACUACAACAGCACCAUAUGUGAGAUGAAGGAGCAAAAGACAGUCAAUGGUCUGCUCUACAUCUGUUCUUGUGAUGAGGAUGAGUGCAAUGAGAACCUGUUUUUUCCUCACAGUGCUAAAAGGAAAUAUUUCUGGGACUCGUCAGCAUUAAACCCAACCGAAAGUGAUGCAGGCACCACAGACCAUGAGGUGGUUUUAGUAAUCUUGGUCAGCCUGCUGCCUUUGCUGGUUCUGGCUGUGUUAGUUGUGGCUUCUUUCUACUGGUACCGCAUCUACAGGCGUCGCAAGCUCAGCGAAUGGGAGACCAAAAAGCCUUCAAAACGCAAAGGUCCACUAGACUGCAGCGAUGCCUGCGCCAUCAUGAUAGAUGACGAUCGGUCAGACAGCAGCUCCACGCACGCCAAUAGUCUCAACCAUAACACAGAACCACUACCCAUUGAGCUGGACAUGCAGGUGGGCAAGGGUCGUUUUGCAGAGGUCUACCGGGCCAAGCUUAGGCAGAGCUCAUCUCAGCAGUUCGAAACAGUUGCUGUGAAGAUCUUCCCGUGUGAAGAGUAUGCUUCCUGGAAGAACGAGAAAGACGUCUUCUCUGACAUUGACCUGAAGCAUGAGAAUGUGCUGCACUUCCUCACCGCUGAAGAAAGGAAGGUCGAGAGGCAGUUCUGGUUAAUCACAGCCUACCAUCCUCGUGGGAAUCUUCAAGACUACCUCACUCGCCACCUGAUAAGCUGGGAGGACCUGCGGAGGCUUGGCGGGUCACUGGCAUGGGGAAUUGCUCAUCUACAUAGUGAACGCACACCCUGCGGAAGGCCCAAAGUGCCCAUCGUCCACCGAGACAUCAAGAGCUCCAAUAUCCUAGUAAAGAAUGACCUCACAUGUUGCCUGUGUGACUUCGGCCUGGCUUUACGACUGGAUAAUUCCUUGUCUGUGGAUGACUUGGCCAACAGUGGACAGGUCGGAACAGCGAGGUACAUGGCGCCAGAAGUGCUGGAGUCCAGAAUAAAUCUGGAGAACAUCGAGUCCUUUAAACAGACUGAUGUCUACUCCAUGGCUUUGGUGCUGUGGGAGAUCACUUCCAGGUGUAACGCCAUUGGAGAGGUAAAAGAUUAUGAACCUCCAUUUGGCUCUAAAGUGCGAGAGCACCCCUGUGUGGAGAGCAUGAAAGACAACGUGCUUCGGGAUAGGGGCCGACCUGAGAUCCCUAGCAGCUGGACGAAGCACCCAGGUGUGGCUUUGGUGUGCGCCAGUAUCAAUGAAUGCUGGGACCAGGACCCUGAGGCUCGACUCACGGCGCAAUGUGUGGCCGAGCGCUUCAGGGAGAUUAACGAUGAUCUGGAUAAGCUGUCCACCCGUAGCAGCUCUGAGGAGAAAAUUCCAGAGGACUGCUCUGUGAGCGUCAGUGAUGAUAAGUGAAAGAGUGGGAGAGAGAGUGAAAUAUAUAUAUAUAGAGAGGCCAUUUAAUGUCACUCUGGACUGGGAGAAUGAUGUCUGUAGUCACAUCGAGUGAUCAUCAAAGCAGGACAGCUCCCUCCAAACAAUGGAAACUGGAAUACAUUCAGUAUGCUAUAAACUGUGUGUGCUUGUGUGUGCGGGUGUGUCUCAGAGGCCUUGGGGCACAGGCCACAGGGAUAUUGAACAGCUUUAAGCUUUAGAUGUGCCUCAUAACCAAAGAGUUAAUGCACUUUAUCAGAUUUUCUAUGCAUAUGUAAACAGUAAAGAAGCACUGGUGGCUUUAUGGCAAGAGGAUGUGCCUGGUGCUUCACUCCUCACAACUCACUUCAAACAUUACCUAAACAGGUAUUCCUAAGAGAUUCUAUAACAUGUACAGUUUGAUUCAGCACUGUGUGUGUGUGUGUGUGUGUGUGUGUGUGUGUGUGUGUGUGUGUGUGUGUGUGUGUGUGUGUGUGUGUGUGUAAGCAUUUUUAAAUCCAUGUGCAUAAAUGAAUGUUGUGUGUUUGGCAUCGUUUUUAACAAAGAUUUGUUUUAUUUGUACUCAUUUGCCAAAUAACAGUGCACAGUGUAAAUAUAGUAUUGAAUGAAUAAAUCAAAUUACAGUUAAGGAAAGGCAAAGGAUAAAGGGGGAAUAGGAUUCUAUUCUGCCACCAAAGUAUUUUAAUAAAGGUGUAGCUUUAUAAAUAGUCAGGAAAACAGCUACAUGUGCCUUUUUUGUCUUUUUUAUAAGCAAUAUAUUGUAAAUUGUUUAUGAUUAAAUAAAUUUGUUUACAACGUUUAUUCUAA